AUGGAUACAGGCAGUUCCACAGAUGAAACCACCACCACCAUCGACUCUCUUUCCCUUCCGCCCAAUAUAUCUCCGCCGCCUCUUAGCCGCGCCGGAAGCGGCAUCGUGGACCCCGACGGUGUUUCCGGAGAGGCCGAAUCCCGCAAACUUCCAUCCUCCAAAUACAAAGGCGUGGUGCCGCAACCCAACGGUCGUUGGGGCGCUCAGAUUUACGAGAAGCAUCAGCGCGUCUGGCUCGGCACCUUCAACGAGGAAGACGAAGCCGCCAGAGCCUACGACAUCGCCGCGCAGAGGUUCCGCGGCCGCGACGCCGUCACGAACUUCAAGCCUCUAGCCGGGGCAGGCGACGACGCCGAGACCGAGUUUCUCAACUCGCAUUCCAAGUCCGAGAUCGUCGACAUGCUUCGCAAGCACACCUACGACGACGAGCUCCAGCAGAGCACUCGCGGUGGCAGGCGCCGCGGCAACGCAGAGGCCGCGUCGCGGUGCGACGAGAUGGCGCGUGAGCAGCUGUUCGAGAAAACGGUGACGCCAAGCGACGUUGGGAAGUUGAAUCGAUUGGUGAUACCGAAGCAGCACGCGGAGAAGCACUUCCCCUUGAGCGGUGGAUCCGGUAGCGGAGUGUCGCCGUGCGCUGUGGCGGCGGCGAAGGGAGUGCUGUUGAACUUCGAGGACGUUGGAGGGAAAGUGUGGCGGUUUCGUUACUCGUAUUGGAAUAGUAGCCAGAGCUACGUGCUAACCAAAGGAUGGAGCCGGUUCGUGAAGGAGAAGAAUUUGAGAGCUGGCGACGCGGUUCGGUUUUUCAAGUCAACCGGACCGGACCCGCAGCUUUAUAUAGACUGCAAGGCCAGGGGUAGUGGCGGUAUUUGUGAGGUUAAUAGUAACAAUAAUGGUGGGAGUUUGUUUCUUCCGGUGGGACCGGUUGACGAGCCGGUUCAUAUGGUUCGGCUUUUCGGGGUGAACCUUUUGAAACUACCCGGUUCGGAUGGUGGUGUCGGGGUUGGUUAUGAGCGGAAGCGGAAAGAGAUGGAACUGUUUGCAUUCGAAUGCAGUAAGAAGUUUAAAGUAAUUGGAGCUUUGUAA